AUCCUGCACCCAACAGACACAUUGCCUGUCUGAACAUGACAGCCUGAUCAUGCCACUUCACAUGGUGAUGUGACACAGGGACCUGGUCUGUGGUCCAGACUUAGAGGGUGUGAUGUAAAUGCAGGGCUGUGGUACAGACAAAAACACCAGUGAACAUCACUGGAUUUGGUGUCACAAAGCAGGUGGGGAGGGCAGGGAGAAGCCCCAUUGUUGAGUACGUCUGUUUUGGGAUAGGAGGUGAGAUUGCCCCUCAGUAGGGCACCCAAGCUAGCUUUGGGAAAGGGCAGCUGUGAAGGCAGCAUUCCUUGGCUGGACCAUGAGUGUCUGCUCAGGUAGCUCGUUCAUAGUGAAACCCCUGCUGCCAUGUCUUCAUUGCUUUUACAACCCCCUGCAUUGUCUCAUUAGUAGAGCGACUGCAUUUUAGUUUUUGUGUGGACAUACCUGGAGUGUGAGACCAGAGCCACAGCAUUAGCCAGAAGCCUUUAAUAUAAAGGCAUGUGGUAUGUCUCUCAGACAGUAUUCUGCGACUGCUUGUAUCUCUUGGAGUAUUUGGUUUAGUCCUUCAUUAAUGUCUUCCUUCUUUCCUUUCUUCCUCCUCUGCAUUUUUCCCUCAAUUCCACAAUGUAAAACCCAAAUGAACCCACAAACAAACACAACUCAAAUUGCCUGUGUGAACACGUGGGCCCGUAGCCACCCAUCGCUGACAAGUGCGAUGCAGGCUCCCUUCGCCUCCGUCUAUAACCCCCUGCAGGCGCAGACCUCCGAGCCAGUGCAGCGGAGGCACAGCACCUCCUCCGUCCCCAGCCAGGUCCGAGUGGGGCCCGAGCAGCUGAAGUGCGUGGCCCAGGUCUGCCCCAACAGUCCCAUGGAAGUGGAGGUGCCAGGACUCAAAGUGCUGCAUGUGCAGUUCAAUUCUCCCCUGCAGCUCUAUUCACAGAGCAACAUCAUGGAUUCCCUGCAGGGGCAGAUCUCUUCUGUUAGCCCCGAUUUCCCCAGUUUAGAUCAGCAUAACCAGCCCCCAGGUGGCAUUGUCAUAGACAGAGAAUCUGAGGUUUACAAGAUGCUUCAGGAGAAUCAAGAGUCAAAUGAGCCACCCAGACAGUCUGCUUCAUUCCUAGUGUUGCAAGAGAUUCUGGAGUCAGAAGAGAAAGGAGACCCUACCAAACCGUCUGGAUUUAGGAGCGUCAAAGCCCCCACCACAAAGGUGGCCUCAUCGAUUGGGAAUGCCCAGAAGCUGCCCAUGUGCGAUAAGUGUGGAUCUGGCAUUGUAGGGGUCUUUGUGAAGAUCCGGGACAAGCAGCGUCACCCCGAGUGCUACGUGUGCAGCGACUGUGGCACCAACCUCAAGCAGAAAGGACACUUCUUCGUGGAAGACCAAAUCUACUGUGAGAAGCACGCGCGGGAGCGGGUGAUUCCCCCAGAAGGCUACGAGGUGGUCACUGUCUUCCCAAAGUAAACUGCACUGCUUGCAAAACCAGUGUGAAUGGUUUAACCUCUGCUGCUUUUCCUUGGAAAGCAUCAUCCCUUGCCCCCCUGCCGAAUCUUGUUUGCAAUAAGGAAUGCUAGGCGUGGCUUUGACUUUCCUUGCCAUUAUUAAUCCUCCAUCUGUUUACAUGAGAGGUCACUAAUUGUUCAACAUUCUUUUCGGCUCUUCUUUCACUGUUUUUUUUUUUUUUAAAUACACAGAUUUUUUAAAUGUUUUUCCCUCCUUUGUGCUGUCAAUCGCACAGGAAAAUCAGAGGCCAAAGUCAGAUUACAGCUCUUCUGUGUCACAGUUAUUUGCCUUCUAUUUGCAUUCAAUAAAUGGGGUCAAUCCACAAGGCAGAUGUGUCUGCUUUCUCCUGGUAUCCCUGUGCACUGGACCAGGGUUCCCUGGGCAGCAGCAGACGUUCAUGGCUGUGUUUACCCUGGAGAAUAGUGGGAGGGAAUUACAGUCAGACUGGGCUCACCUGCUAUUUUGUUGGCAGCUGCCUGCUGGCACCCAGCAAGGGCCAGGAGGGCACAGCCAAGGCACCGACCACAGCUGGCUCUGGUGGCCUGUCCCCAGUGCAAGGCAGCUGAGAGCUGCCUCCUCUCCAUCCAGCACUGUGUUUUGAUGGUGGGACUGGGCACUUCAGUGCUUCCCUUUACCAGGUGUCCCUCUGUUCCCCACAGUAACAAAUAGCUCCAUCAAAAAAUGUCUACUUGAUGCUUGCUGGAAACCAGGGAGUCCUGGAGCAGAGGGGAAGGUUUGAGUGGCCAUAGUCCCUGUCCCUGUUCCGUCUGUCCCUGUCCAUUCUGUGCCAGCUCCCCCCCCAACCCCCUGUGCUGCAGGCUGGGGGCUGGGUGCAGGCUGGUGAGGGUGGAUCUCACCACCACAUUCCCCCUCGUCCAACCCAGGGUGGACCCCAUGGCCAUGGUUAUUUCUGUCUGGAGACAUCUGGGACAGUCCCCUGCGCAAAGCCCCAGGUGGCUGCCAGAGGCAUCACCCUGCUCCCCAUGCCAUGGCUGCUGGAGGGUGCCUUUGGGCUUGAUGUGGGGAGGGGUCACACGCCCCACGUGCGCUGGAUGAGUGGCUGAUGGUGUCUGAGCUGCAGCACCUCCAUCCAUGUACAGCAAACCCGUCUGCGCUGACGUUACUUCACUGCUCACACCUCUGAAUGAGAUGCUGCCUGUUCUUUUGGUGUGAAAAUAAAUGGUUUCUAAGA